AUGAAUGGAGCGAUAUAUGGACAUCGACAACAUUUACCAGGUAAUUUUUAUGAUAUUUUAGUUCGGCAACACAAUUUUUCCGUUGGUGAAUUGGUAUUUUUGCAGGGAAAUGUCGGCGAUAAGAGGGAUCCGAUGGAAAUGAGAAGAAAAAGAACAUCGAGAGGAAUUCAGAGGCUUUAGAAGAUGAUGUUUAUUUUGACAACGGAGAAAGAAGAACAGCUCCACAAUGGAUAUUGAAAAUCCUGUUGCUUAUGAAGAUCUCGAAGUGUUAUUCUCAUCCAACUUGCGACACACUCCUGUCGACAACAAAAUCCGAUUGUGAAGAGGAAAGAGGGAUUUCUGGUGCAACAAAGUUGUGA